AUCUCACGUUUGGCCGUCUGAAUCUUCUUCUUUAGUAUUAUUUUUUUUUAUUUUUAUUUAUUUUACGCAUUAUUUUUUUGCGACCCAUCCCUCAGUGACCCAUGAUCGACCGGCCCAUCCCUGAUCCGGGCCGAGGGAGGAGAUGAUGACUGAGUGAACCCAGCCUGGCCACAAUAGGAGAAGCACAAAGCCAGGAAGGGAGAGAUGGCCAAGCUGACAGAAUCAAUGACUAACGUCCUGGAAGGAGACUCCAUGGAGCAGGACAUAGAGAGCCCAGUUACCAUUCACCAGCCAAAGUUGCCCAAGCAAGCCAGAGACGACCUCCCGAAACACAUAAUCAAAGACCGGGCCAAGAGAAAAAUCCAGAGGUACGUGAGGAAAGACGGAAAGUGCAACGUUCACCACGGCAACGUCAGGGAGACCUACCGCUACCUGACUGACAUUUUCACCACAUUGGUCGACCUGAAGUGGAGGUUCAACCUGCUAAUCUUUGUCAUGGUGUACACCGUGACGUGGCUCUUCUUUGGGAUGAUCUGGUGGCUGAUCGCAUAUAUUCGUGGAGAUAUGGACCACAUAGAGGAUAACACAUGGACCCCGUGCGUCACUAACCUCAACGGAUUCGUGUCUGCCUUUUUAUUCUCCAUAGAAACGGAGACGACCAUCGGCUACGGCUAUCGGGUCAUCACAGACAAGUGUCCCGAGGGGAUUAUUCUCCUUUUAGUCCAGUCCGUGUUGGGGUCCAUAGUCAACGCUUUCAUGGUGGGCUGCAUGUUUGUAAAAAUAUCCCAACCCAAGAAGAGGGCAGAGACCCUCGUUUUCUCUACUCACGCAGUCAUCUCCAUGCGCGACGGGAAGCUGUGCCUGAUGUUCCGGGUCGGGGACCUCCGGAAUUCUCACAUCGUGGAGGCGUCCAUACGGGCCAAGUUGAUCAAAUCUAAACAGACCACAGAGGGAGAGUUUAUACCCCUGAACCAGACGGACAUCAACGUAGGCUAUUACACGGGAGAUGACCGUCUGUUUCUGGUGUCGCCGCUCAUCAUUAGUCAUGAGAUUAACCAGCAGAGUCCUUUCUGGGAGAUCUCCAAAGCCCAGCUCCCCAAAGAGGAACUGGAAAUCGUAGUCAUCCUAGAAGGCAUGGUGGAGGCAACAGGAAUGACCUGCCAAGCGCGGAGCUCUUACGUCACCAGUGAGAUCCUCUGGGGCUACCGCUUCACCCCCGUCCUGACGCUGGAGGAUGGCUUCUAUGAGGUGGACUACAAUAGUUUCCACGAGACCUACGAGACCAGCACCCCAGCCCUCAGCGCCAAAGAGCUGGCGGAGAUGGCCAGCCGGGCGGAACUCCCCCUAAGUUGGUCCGUGUCCAGCAAACUCAACCAGCGGGCGGAACUGGAGACGGAAGAUGAGGAGAAGAACUGUGAAGAGCAAACCGAGAGAAACGGUGAUGUGGCGAACCUGGAGAACGAAUCCAAAGUUUAGAACCUGGUGGGACUGCUCUCCCUUCCUCACUCCCCCGCCCACCGCACAAUCCAUCUCCCUUGGUUUCGCUCUCAUUUUUUAAUUAUCGGAAAAGAAAUCUUCAAGGUGGGAGGUGCCAACCUGCCGUUAUGACAUCCAGCGAUGCGCUUAAAAAGCCAGACCCCUGGGCUGAGCCGGCGACGUCCCUAACAUUCGAUUUAGUCGCAAGCUGGCCGCGCUCCCGUUUCGGCCAGCUACGUGCAUGCGUCCUCAGAGGCAGGGGUCGGAAAUCAAGGUGCCAAAUGGAAUACCUGGAGACAGCUAAAGCCACGUGACCGGUGCCCAGUCACUCUAGCAGUGAACUAUGCCAUAGCUCUAGAUUUUAUAGAUUCUAGGAGAAUUCCAGAAACAGGGUCAGGGGGCCUACCCCAAAUGGGCGUGGAAGUUUUAAGGCCCUGGGGGGAGUAGAAGAUCUGGAGUGGAACAAGACAAUGUACAUAUGCCUUAUGUAAUUAUUUUCUCUUCCUAUUGAGUAAUAAACCCAGCAUGUACACAAGUACUGUAGUAAAGGACUUCUAAGUAAUGUA